CCGGCCGCCAUGUUGGCUGGUGUGUGGGUGUCAAACGGAGCUGGAAGCGCCGGCGUCUCCGGUGGCUCCCCUCGCUCCCGCCUCCCCAACGCUACUGGCGGCCGCAGCCGCGCAUCCGGGUCGGCCCGGAGGAGCGCAGAGCACAGGCUCCGGACGGAUGCGCAGGCUCAGCGGCCAUGGCUCACAGGCCUAGCCACUCCGCUGGCUGUGGGAUCUUCCCGGACCGGGGCACGAACCCGUGUCCCCUGCAUCGGCAGGCGGACUCUCAACCACUGCGCCACCAGGGAAGCCCAAUAUCUGUCAUGGCUUCCAGCUUCUCGGACCUGAGGCUCCAACAGAGGAAAUGACCAUCAGGGACCCUGCUCCAGACCCAUUACGGAGACUGAACCUUCACGGGGUGCGAACCUGCCUGGGACAGGGAAGCUUCUCUCUUUGAAGGGCUUUACAUUUGUCACAGAGAAAGUAAAGAUGACGACUUCGUCUAUCAGACGGCAGAUGAAAAACAUCGUGAACAAUUACUCGGAAGCCGAAAUAAAAGUCCGGGAAGCCACCUCCAACGACCCGUGGGGCCCGUCCAGCUCCCUGAUGACGGAGAUCGCGGACCUGACCUACAACGUGGUGGCCUUCUCGGAGAUCAUGAGCAUGGUGUGGAAGCGGCUCAACGACCACGGCAAGAACUGGCGGCACGUGUACAAGGCGCUGACGCUGCUCGACUACCUCAUCAAGACGGGCUCGGAGCGCGUGGCCCAGCAGUGCCGUGAGAACAUCUUCGCCAUCCAGACCCUGAAGGACUUCCAGUACGUCGACCGCGACGGCAAGGACCAGGGCGUCAACGUGCGCGAGAAGGCCAAGCAGCUGGUGGCCCUGCUGAAGGACGAGGAGCGGCUGAAGGCCGAGCGGGCCCAGGCGCUCAAGACCAAGGAACGCAUGGCCCAGGUGGCCACCGGCAUGGGCAGCAGCCAGCUCACCUUCGGCCGGGGCUCCAGCCAGCCCAACCUGUCCACCAGCUACUCGGAGCAGGAGUACGGCAAGGCCGGGGGGUCGCCGGCCUCCUACCACGGCUCCACCUCCCCACGGGUGUCCUCAGAGCUGGAGCAGGCGCGGCCGCAAACGAGCGGGGAAGAGGAGCUGCAGCUGCAGCUGGCGCUGGCCAUGAGCAGAGAGGUGGCCGAGCAGGAAGAGCGCCUCAGGCGGGGAGAUGACCUCAGGUUGCAGAUGGCCUUGGAAGAAAGCCGCAGAGACACAGUUAAAUUUCCAAAAAAGAAAGAGCAUGGCUCCCACCCGCAGCAGACCACGCUGUUGGACCUGCUGGACGCUCUGCCCGGCGCGGGCCCUGCUGCCCCGAAGGCGGAGCCCUGGGGCCCUUCCGCUUCAGCCAGCCACACCAACCCCUGGGGUGCUCCGGCAGCCCCCGGCAGCACUUCGGACCCCUGGCCGUCAUUCGGUGCCAAGCCAGCCACCUCCGUCGACCCAUGGGGGGUGCCCACCGGAGCCGGCGCACGCUCCGUCCCCAAGGGCUCCGACCCCUGGGCCGCCCCGCAGCAGCCAGCCCCCAGUGCCGGGAAAGCCGCUGACCCCUGGGCUGCAGCGUCAGCCGCCAAGCCCGCGUCCCCCUCUGGGGCUUUUGAUCUCUUCAGUAAUUUGAAUGGUACAAUUAAAGAUGACUUUUCUGAAUUUGACAACCUCCGAACUUCAAAAAAAGCAGCCAAGGCGGCGUCUCCGCCGGCCCAGAACAGUGGAACUACCAGCCCCGACCCCUUUGAGUCCCAGCCCGCGACCGUGGCCUCAAGCAAGCCCAGCGGCACCCGGAAAACCCCCGAGUCCUUCCUGGGCCCCAACGCAGCCUUGGUGAACCUGGACUCGCUGGUGGCCAGGCCAGCCCCGCCGGCGCAGUCCCUCAACCCCUUCCUGGCCCCAGGUGCCGCCGCGGCCUCAGCCCCGGUCAACCCCUUCCAGGUGAACCAGCCGCAGCCGCUGACGCUGAACCAGCUGCGGGGGAGCCCGGUGCUGGGGAGCAGCACGUCCUUCGGGCCCGGCCCGGCUGUGGAGCCCGUGGCUGUGGCCUCCGUGACGUCCGCAGCCUCCCACCCAGCCCUGGGGGCUGGCGGCUCCUCCCUGCCACCGCUGGGCCCCGCUGCGGUGAACAUGGUGGGCAGCCUGGGCGUCCCCCCGUCAGCAGCUCAGGCCACCGGCACAACCAACCCGUUCCUCCUCUAGUGUCCCCCCCCGGGACCCGCCGCAGAGCAUCCGUGCCGAGGACGCCAGGCAGGGGCUCUCGCCUGUGGAAUGGGGUCUGAGAGUGGGGUGGGUGUGCAGAGGGUGUCUUUGCGGCCCUGGCCCUCAGCCUGAGGGUCGAGAGGUGGCGGGCUUAUUGAGGCGUCAUCACGCGGCACGUGGGUCCCCGAGCCUGUGUCGGGCGGGAGGACCCCUGACCCAGCCUGGCCGCAGGCCCGGCCCCCGUGGAGAUCCGCCAGCCCUCGGGGGCCUUGGGUGAGGAGGCGGCAGUGCUCGGUGCUGGCCCAGCCUCAGCCCCGGGCUUCUGGGAGCCCCCCUGCCCAGGACCCGGCCCCCACCCUCAGCCCUGGCGCCCCCCCCGGGCGUGGACGGGGUGGAGUGCGGGCUCCCUCAGACACUGACCUUUGGGGGACGCGGUUGUGCGUAUUUUACUUUUCUUUGACUCGUGUGUGAGUUCAAAGUAAAUGGCGCCACCGUGGAACAACUCUUGACUUAAACCCACUAGAGCAAGCUUUAAACUAGCCUGAGCGUAACCCCGCCACGUGCCCCAUGCUUGUACGCGUUCACACAGACUUUGUUUAGUACAGUUUCGUAUUUGUUUGCAGAAUUAUCGAAUAGUCUUUUUGGCUAAUAUUUUUAUAACGUCGUUCUUAUUUAACUGUCUAGUUUUGAUAGAAUUUGCCAGGUCUGGCUGGGUUAAGAUAUUGGCCGCGUCACGUUAGUGGUGUAACUCCUCUUAUUUAUGGUUUUAACUCUGUAAGAAAGUUUAAAUAGGAAGAGACAAAAAAUGCCUUAUGGAAAAACUAAAGCAAAUUCUUUAUAGGAAAACAUAUGGGAAUUUGAUUAUGCAUAAAAGAUGUUUAUUUAAAAGGAAAAGAAAACUACAACAGUAACAAAAUCGUAGCCUCCAGUUGCCUUUCCCUUUAACUCCUUUUCCUGGUGGAUUACCAAACCGUUGACUUUCAGCCUUUUUGGCUAGAUCCUAAGAGAGAGGCUAUUUUUCUUACUGAUGAAGCAACGUGAAGAAAGUUAAAGACAAAAAAAAUCUAACAUAUGAAUGUGACUCACCAGGUUUUAUCAGCUAACUCCUUUCUGUGACUGAAGGCAUGCAGUUAACAAGACUUCGUUUACAGUGGGAACGUGGGAAGGAGAGGCUUCUGGAACCCUGUGUCUGUGACCCCCUCUGUCUUACUCCACACUCAGGGUAGAGGUGGGGACAGCGGCGGGGGCGGCAUGUCGGGGGCAGCCCAGGCUGACAGGGGGAGGGCCCAGGGCUGGCCCCGACCUACGCACCCGCCCUCCAGACACCCGUUGCAACGUAGAAGUAAUCAUCUCUUACUUGGCAGAGGAAAAAAAAUCAUUCUCACCCAGAAGAGAUUUUUAGCGAACGUGCACUAAUCUUACCUCCCUCUCCCCUGCUCUCCUCACCCCGCCCACCACUAUAAAAAAGUAUUAGGGAAGUCACAGAUGAAAGACCAGAAGAGACUGGCUUCUCCCCAGAGCAGGGCCAUUCCCCCCGAGUCCUGUCUGUUUGGUCAGCCGGCCUGGCGGGCACCUCAGUCUCACUCUACGUGGCGGACGUCUCACCUCUAGCACCAAGGGCAGCUGACAGCUGAGGGUCUCUCUCCUGGGGGGAUGGGGCCCCUCCCCCCUCUCUGGUUCCAGGAGCUCUGACCCUUGGCGCUGGGCACGGGAGGCUGACUCAGAACUGCCUGCUCAGGCCACUCCUGUUGCCAUGUAGAAGAGCUCACCUGUGCUCCUCCCUGGGGCUACCCCCGGCCCAGAGCUCCUGCCCAGCCCGAGACCUGGGGCUGGACCAUGGGCUCCAGAGUCAUCCACGAAGGCCCUUCCGGCCUCUCCCAGCAGCCUGGGGGAGGGUGGGGCAGGGCGGGGCUCGGGGCAAGGUGCUCCCCCGGGAGGUAGGGGCCGACCCCCUCACGGGGCACAGGACCACGCUACUGGGGUCAUGAUUCCUCGUGAGAGUGAGGGGCCCUUCCCGAUGGGACUUUAAGGCCCCGAUGUCACAGCCAGUGGCCCACCCAGGCCCAGGCAGACUCCCGCCCAGCUCCCGGCUCAGGCCCACCCCCAGGCGCCUCGUCCGUGUUGCCCGUUGCACUGAUCAUGAAGCCACUGGUGCUGCCACGCGUGUGGGACACAUGCCAUCAAGCUCCCUCCUGCCGGGCACCGUGGUAGGGGUGUUGCCCAGCCGUUUUCUCAGUCCCAGGGGCGGGUGGCCGGUUUGGAACUUGUGUUGACUGUUGAUACUUAUUUACUGUAUAAAUAUAAUUUAUCAUUUGUAUCACCA